AUGGCACCGUUCCGCCUCCGAAUCGAUGGUUCGACCUUUCGAGAUUCGCACAACCGUGAGGUGACCCUUCGAGGCAUCAACGUAGCCGGCGAUACCAAAUACCCAGCUCACCCGGAUGUGCCCAGCCAUGAACGCGAGCACUUCUUCGAAGGCGACGAGGCCUCCUUUGUCGAUAGACCAUUCUCUGUCUCAGACGCACACACGCACUUCUCACGGUUAAGACGAUGGGGCUUCAACACCAUUCGAUAUGUGUACACUUGGGAAGCGCUGGAGCAUGCGGGACCUGGGAAGUAUGAUGAGGACUUCAUAGACCACGCGAUCCAGAUCUUGCGGAUAGCGAAGGAGUAUGGCUUUUACAUCUUCAUGGACCCGCAUCAGGAUGUCUGGUCGAGGUUUACGGGAGGCUCCGGGGCGCCAAUGUGGACACUGUAUGCUUGUGGUCUGGAUCCUAAGAAGCUGCACAAUAACCAAGCUGCUAUUGUGCACAACACAUGGCCGGACCCUGCCACGUUUCCAAAGAUGUGCUGGGCGACCAAUUAUCAGCGACUGGCCUGUCAGACCAUGAUGACGCUGUUCUUCGCCGGCAAGGAUUUUGCGCCGAAGUGCGUGAUUGACGGGAAGAAUAUCCAGGACUGGUUACAAGAUCAUUUCAUGGCCGCGAACAAGCGUCUCGCAAAACGUAUCCACGAAGCUGGCGAUCUGGAGCACGAUGUGGUGAUCGGCUACGAGAGCAUCAAUGAGCCCAAUCGGGGAUAUGUUGGACAUGAAGAUCUGGCCCAGCUGCCUGAGUGGCAGAAAUUGCGCAAGCUCACAACUCCCACGGCAUGGCAGGCGAUGUUGACCGGUUCAGGCAGGGCUUGUGAGAUUGAGACCUGGGACUUUGGCUCUUUUGGUCCCUACAAAAGUGGCACACAGCUCGUCGAUCCGAAAGGCGAGAGCGCAUGGCUAGAUCCGGCAGAGUGGGACGACGGCGAGUAUGGCUGGCAACGAGCAGAUUCAUGGAAGCUGGGAGAAUGCAUAUGGGCACAACACGGCGUCUGGGAUCCUUCUACAGAUGAGCUGAAGCUACCACAGUAUUUUACAAAACAUCCGAAGACUGGAGACGAGCUUGAUCAGGAAUACUGGACAGAUCACUACUUCAUGCACUACUACCGUGCCCAUCGAACAGCAAUCCGAGAUAUCUGGCCUGAAGCUAUGAUGUUCAUGCAGUCUGGACCUUUCGAGAUACCUCCAACGAUCAAAGGGACGAAGGACGAUGACCCGAACAUGGUCUUCGCGUCACACUUCUACGACGGCAUCACUCUGAUCAUGAAGAAAUGGAACAGGCUAUGGAACGUGGACGUACUGGGUAUUUUACGAGGUCGCUAUUCUUCGCCGGCGUUUGCCAUCAAGAUCGGCGAAACGGCGAUACGCAACUGUUUCAAGGACCAGCUAGCAGAGAUCAUCAGAGAGGGCAAAGAGUACAUGGGCACCCACCCCACCGUGUACACCGAGAUCGGCAUACCAUAUGAUAUGGACGAUCAGAAAGCAUAUCAGACAGGCGAUUACAGCAGUCAAAUUGCUGCUGUAGAUGCCAACUUCUACGCCGUCGAAGGCAGCAAAGCUCAAGGACUGACAUGGUGGGUGUACACUGCAAGCAACACGCACUACUGGGGUGACAACUGGAACGGCGAAGACCUCAGUAUCUACUGCAGAGAAGACAGAUCUCUGCCCUCAGCCAGCCAUACCAGACAAGCAGAGGGUGGCGCUUCGUCCAGCAAGCUCAGCCUCGACCCGAGCAGUCCAAGCUACUCUGAAAGCCAGAGUGAGCGCAGCGCACCCGUCGGCCCAGGAACUCUCCAGAAGACACUGUCCGUUAACGAGAUGGUCCAGCCGAUCACACCAUCGACAUCACUCGCAGACGGCGCUCCUGGCUUCCGCGCUGCGGAAGCCUAUAUCCGCCCCUCACCAGUCUGCGUUUAUGGCACGAUCUCGAGCUACGGUUUCGAUCUCAAAAACUGUACAUUCACGCUCUCCCUGACUUCUCCAUCACCCACGCCCCAAGACAGCCCUACUGAGGCUUUCUUGCCAGCGUUCCACUUCCCGCAGUCCGAGACCAAGGUUGAGGUCAGCGGUGGAAAGUGGAUGAUCGAAACGGUGGAGCAGGUGGAGGGCGCGGAGCAGCAGGUGUUCAAGUGGUGGCAUGGUGAGGGCGAGCAGAGUGUUACGAUCAAGGGGUUGAAGAGGAAGGGUGGUGCUGCGGUAGGCAAGGAGCAGGAGGAGGGGUACUUGGAGGCGUACUGGCAGAUGGGGAGGAAUUGUUCGAACUUCUUACCGCAACCGCAACCGCACACCUUCCACUCUCUCACCUUCCUCAUAACUCCAACCGCCGCCACGAUGAACAACGACGGCGCCUUCGACACACACUGGCGUCAAACGCCUUCACCCAGCUCUCGUCUUGAGACCAUUCAACAGGCUCUUCACGCCAACCUCGAUCCGAAAGUGACCAACGACAUCCGCCAACAAGCACUCCGUCACCUCGAAGAAGUGAAGCACCAGCCAGAUGCCCCUCACCUCGGUUUCACCCUCGCAGACGACUGGAAGCAGAGUGAUGCGGUGCGGUACUACGGUCUCCAGCUGCUGGAAUACGCAGUCCGGUACAGAUGGGGCGAAUACAACAGCGAGCAGACAGAGCAGUUACGGCAGUGGGUCAAGUUCCUUGCAGGCAGCAUUCGAGAGCAAGAUGCAUUGUAUAUCCGCAAUAAGGUGGCACAGCUAUGGGCGGAGGUAGCGAAGAGGUGCUGGGGUGACGAGUGGACGGACAUGGAUGCUCUGCUGGUGACGUUGUGGGACAAGCCGAUUAGUGAAAAGGGUGCGGCGAACAAGCUGCUGGUACUGUCGGUGCUGGAGACUUUGAGUGAGGACAUCAUCAACGGUGAGGAUGCGGUGGCGGGGCUGAGGCUGGAUGUGUUGGGUGCGUGCUUGAACGACGUUAUGAUCCCGGAAGGUCUGCACCGCGAGUUCUCGGCUCAGCAGCAAAACGGCAACGGCAGCAGUCAUCCGAUGAGCAGGAUCAGAUCCGGCGAGGUGGGCUGGUUGCUUCGCAUGUGCGAGUUCUUUGCGAAUUGCGUGAAGCAGAUGAGGGUGGGUGGCGAGCAGGGAUUUGUCAGGACGAUGACCUUUUGCGCGGUCAAGACACUGCAUGCGCUGCGCCCGACGAUGCAGUGGAUCAAUCUGAAAGGCGUCGUCGAGGCGAACGCGGUGGACUGCUUGACAUUGCCAUUCCAUACCGACACUGUGGAGCUGCAGCUUGCGGCCACCGAGGUGCUGUAUGUUCUGCUGGCCAGGCCAUACGGACAGCAUUGGCACGACAGUUGGUUCUCACAGAUGCAGCAUAUGCUACGGCAGGAUCGCGUGGCUUUGCUGAGGCAGACGUUUGAGAGUGUGCAGAUCCAGCCAGGCGAGGACGAGCAGAAGUAUACGUUGCAGAAGAAACUGUCGGAUGUACUCUCGCUACUUGGAGACGCUGUCGCGCAGCAUCCCGAUCUCAUCAAGCAAAAUGGUGAAGACCCGUCCGCCUUUUUCGACCUCCUACUCCUGGUGCUCCAGCACAAGAGCCUGCACGUCUCGAUCCCUGUCUUACACAGCUGGACCAAGCUCAUGGCUUCUCAAGACGACGCCAUCGUCGAGAUAGUUGUCAAAGCACUCGGCGUCCUGAUACAGACAUGUAGCUCAAGGAUGCUGCGAUACGAAUCCGAACCCGAGGAUUCCGAAGACGAGACUGUCCAGUUUCUCUACGACGACUUCGACACCAUGCCAGAGAGGCACGCAUUCCUGGGCAACUACCGACGGUACUGCACCACGGUCAUCCAGUCCAUCGCGAAGACGCGGCCUCUGGAAGCGCUGUCGCAUGUGCUAGGGCAGAUGCGGGAGAUGUUGGAGGCGGGACCUUAUACUGGCGGCCGAGGAUUCGAUUCUGCGUCGUACUCGAAGACCAAUCUACCUACGUUGCAGUUUGAGGCGCAGUACCAGGUUGUGUCGAGUACCUUGAAGGGUUAUUCCAUGUGGUUGGCAGACGUUGCUGCUCUCGCCCCAGAAGACGAAGUCCAUGCCAGAGCAGACGCCGACAAAUCGAACACGACCCAGGCGUUGCAGCAAUGGUGUUACCAUGUGAUCAACACGCACUCUGACGAUCCCGAAGUUGCUGCCCAGGUACUGCAGACAUUAGUCGCCAUUCUUCGCACCAUCAGGCCUGAGCCAAACUUCGUGCUACACAUCGUGCAACAUCUGCUUACCAUGCGUCUCUACGACAACCCUCAGCAUGCCACCUACUCCGAAGCCGUCAAGCAGUUCGAAGGGCUGCGUGUGUUGGAACUUCAGAAGCUUGCUAUCACAUUCGCCAACGAGCUUCUCGAGGUGUACAACGAGCUGGAGCCACGCAUCGGCGUGCUACUGCAAAAGCACAGCGACGAUUCCCGGCUGGUAUGGGGCUACAAGGCCUUCCUCUUCAUGAUCGUCCAUCGGGCCGCCGGCAUCAACCACGACGUGCGUCUCGCUCGCUUGCAGCAGAUGCUGCAGCCCGUUUAUGAUGCUUGGCAAGAUCAGGCGUUUAGCGCGUCGCUUUCGAGCUUGCAGACCUUUUGCGAGAGCCUCGAUCUUGCUGGCUUAGACGAAUUUUACAAAGCACACGGCUUUGACCGGGUGGCCGACUGGACGUCGCAGCAGCUGGACGCAGCGGGCCAGGCGAGGCAGGCGAGCAUCAAGGCCAAGAGCGAUGCGCUGCCGCUGCGCAUGACGAAGUCGAUGCUUGCAGCGACGACAGAGAAGCUGAGGACAGAUUCCGAAGAGUUCGACACAGGCUGUGCGCUGUGGGGCGAUGUCAUCCCUAUCAUCCUGCCGAAUCUGCUGCGUCUGCUGCGACAUGCGCAAGCCUUCCACAAUAUGGCCAGUUGGUCGCAUCUGCCUGAUGAGAUCCAGGCGGUAGUCAGGCGGACGCUGCAAGAUCGCUUCUGGCAGUCUGGCAUCUCCAAUGAGACGAGAGAUGAAUUCUACGCGCGGAUCAGCGGCUCGAAGGACUCUUUCGAAGGGUUUGCGUCGACCGUGAGAGGUACGACGAGGAACAUCCGCGAGCAGGGGUACCAUCUGCUCUACUUCAUGACCAAGUUCGAAGAGCAGUUCUAUGGCAUACCUGAUGUCGCGGAGCCAUUGGCGGAUGCUCUGUUCGCCGAUGCUGGCGCGCUGUCGGCCAACCACCUCCACUCAGUCAUCAAUUUGGCGACCGGACUUGUGUCAAAGUGUCCGCCGCACUAUCGGGGACGUUUCUUGCCGCCUCUGUUGACGCAGCUCUUCAACAAGAUGGACACAAAGAUCAGCAGCGAGUGGGAGGCGAUCGGGCACGCGACUCAGCAGAAAACGGAAGAGGAUACGCUGGGCGAUGAGAUGAGGCUAGAGAGCGUACUGCGUCAGCUUACCUUCUCUGUGGUCUCGUUCGUGCCCUUCCUGCUGGAGUUCGAUACUCAUAUGCCUCCAUCGAAGCGCAGCGGUGGACACGAGGUACCCAAGCCUCUGGUAAGCGACAUUGUCCUUGCAGAUCCGACGGUACUCGAGCCCUUGAUGCUGUUCUGCACGCAUGCGCUUCGGAUGCGAGACACCCGCUGCUGCACGACCAUCUGUCGCACCUUCCGUACGCUCGUCCCACUCUUCCAAUCCGAGACAGCACCUUCGCCACAAGUCCGCGACUUCAUGUCGACAGAAGUGCUGAAGGCCUGCAUCACCUCCCUCAACGAACCAUACUUCGCCGACAUGCAAAAGGAUCUGGCCGCUCUGAUCGCACAGAUCUUGCUCCUGUACGCGCCGAAGACACCUACGCCGCGUGAAGUCUUGCUCAGUCUGCCCGACGUGUCUGCCGCAAAGGUCGACAAAACCCUGGGACGUAUAUGCAAGCAGCCUGUGCCGGCUGAGAGGAUGCUGCGCUCGCUGGUGUUGGACUUGCUGGAAGGCGUGAGGGGUGUUAGCAUUCACGAGGCUGGCAAGAUCGCGGCUCCGCCCGUGAAGAAGGCUACGGUGCAGCCAAAGUACAUGGAGGUUGAGCAGCGGCCUGCACUUGCAAAUGGGGACGAUGCUGGGCUCGAGAGCGUCGCUGACCUCUUCGGAGGCGGGUGA